AAAAACCCAAAAAAACAAAAACAAAAAACAAAGAGAAGUGAAAUGCUUCUUCGGCCCAGUGCCCGACCCCUCUGUCUUUCACUCUCCUUCCAGUUUAAUGCCAGGAGGAGCUAUAGACCAAAGUGCUUAAGCAAAGACAUGGGCCGGGUCGAAUUGGAUUCCAAAGCUAAAAGGCAAGCUGAUUUUCGAUUAUGCAGUGUCUCCAGUCACAUGACUGAGUUGCUGGAGAUUCGUGCUGAUGAUCCUAAAAUGCAUGUUUUAUUAAUCCCUGGAAAUCCAGGUGUUGUUACAAUUUAUAAAGACUUUGUGGAAUCAUUGUACGAGCUUCUCGAAGGAGAUGCAUCUAUAACAGCUAUCAAUCAUUUAUCCCACACGAAAAAGGACUGGGACCAUGGAAGGUUGUUCUCAUUAGAAGAACAAACAGAUCAUAAGAUGGAUUUCAUCAAGCAGGAGCUAGAAAAUAUUGAAGUUCCUAUUAUACUGGUUGGACACUCUAUUGGUUCAUAUAUAUCUAUUGAUAUGUUCAGGAGAUCCUCAGAGAAGGUGAUAUAUUGCAUUGGGCUAUAUCCAUUUUUGGCCUUAAACCUGCAAUCGACAGAGCAGUCUAUUAUUGGAAAAAUUGCAGCGUCACGAGUUUUAAGUGUUGCACUUAGUCUCAUUGUGGCAUCAUUGGGAUUUUUACCACGAAGUGCUUUGAGAUUGAUUGUGACAAACUCUCUUGCAAAGUCAUGGUCAGCUGUAGCGGUUGAGGCUACUUGCUCACACUUGGUACAGUACCAUACAAUGCGGAAUGCACUAUUCAUGGCAAUGACAGAAUUCAGAAAGCUUACAGCAACACCAGAUUGGGCGUUUAUGAGAGAAAAGAAGGAGAAACUUGCAUUUUUGUUUGGUGGUGAUGAUCACUGGGGUCCACUUCAAAUGUUUGAAGAGAUUUCCAAGCAGGUCCCAGGCAUUGCUCUAUCAAUUGAAAGGGGCCAUAAACAUGCUUUCUCAUGCACUGAGGCUGGUGCAUCAUGUGUUGCAAAGUACGUUGCAAGCUUGAUCAAGAAUCAAUUAUUGCAUUCAAGGCAGUAACUUUGGACUCAUUUCUUGCUACCAUUUCAGAUUGUAGUAGUUCUAUUUCGUAUAGAACUAUGUAGUGAAGAUUGGAGAAUAGAUGGUAUUGAUAAUCCCAUUAUGUUUAGAUGACAUUUGGAAUGAUUUAAAUCUCAUUUUUAUAGUAUUGUGACAACUAGUAGUAUAUGCUUAGUUAAUACAUUAAACAGGAAAAUCCAAACCUGCUAGCAGAACUACUGGAUCAAUUGACAGAAGAUUGGUUUC